AUGGAGACUGAGUUAACUUUGUGGAUGGAGGACCUGACCAUAAGGGCAGGCUCUGAUGCGAAGACCAUCUGCCACCAGACCAAAGCCACUCAACAAACACUGAGAAUAAGUUAUAGGGUCUUGUGCUACUGUGCUAAACUUGGGGACAUCAUCUCAGGAGACUCAGGAUCUAAGAUCCUGGCGGCUUCUCUCCUGACCUACCCCAUACUCAGGACCCUGUACCUGCAUCUCCACUCCGCCGUCACUGGCAGCUAUGUCUCCGGCACUUACUCUGUCGUCUUUGUCAACUGCCCCAACGAGCAAAUUGCCAGAGAUAUCGCCAGGGCUGUGCUGGACAAGAAGCUGGCUACCUCGGUGAAUAUCCUGCCCCGGGUAUCCUCACUGUACUUUUGGAAUGGAGAGAUAGAAGAAGCCACUGAAAUCCUAUUGUUAAUAAAGACAAAGACUUCCAGGGUCUACACGCUGUCCAGCUACAUCAGGUUGGUGCAUCCUUUCGAGAUCCCAGAGGUCUUCAGUCUUCUCAUGGACCAAGGAGAUGUCCACUAUUUAAAGUGGCUGGAGGAGGGCAUGGGGGAGUACUGAGCACCCCGCUCACCACCUCGGCCUCGUCACUGCACUCUGGGGAAGGGAUGACUCUGCCUGCCACAUAGCUCCCCAGAUCCCGUUUCUGUCAGUGCAGAGGAGCUAAGUAACUGGAGGCUGAAGGUCGGAGGCCCCCGAAUCUGAAGAACCUGGUGGGACUUACCUGAGUACUUCAUGCUCACAGGCGCCCCAGGGGAAGAGGGCGAGGAUGGUGUAUAUGGGGAUUCAUGAGUGGAGUGAGGGGGUUUGUCAACUCUGCAGCCACUGGACCUCCCUCAGGUGCCUAGGAUGCAGCUGCCCACGAGUGUGGGCCUGUGACCUGUUCACCCAGGUGGGUGGGCUCGCUGCUAUUUUCCAGGGACCUCAGCGUGUGCAAUGCCAGUGGUGGGAUGUGGGAACACGCAGGAUUACUUCUAGCUACGGGUGGUGUUUGUACUUCCCAAGUCCUCAGGAAGUGGGACUGGGUGUAGGACUAGGGGAGCAUUAGGGCUCAUCCUCAGCCUCGUGGGCCUGGGAGUAAGUCCUGACCCUAGCCUGAGCGUCGUGACCCUCAGAGGGUGCUGGGGCCUGGCUCUGGGGGCAGAGGUUUUGAGCCCUCCUUACCUUUCAUUUCUGUGCCUUCUGUGGUAGGGAAGAACCCUGGGGAACUGCUAGAUCAGUGUUUUCUAGACCUACAGAACCGAGGUGCUGAAAGGCAUCCUGGGAUUGCCUGGUUGGGGGUCCCCACUCACACUGCAGCCAGGGCUACUGUGCUCUUAAGAUUGUUAUGUUUUGAGCUUCGUUACAAGAUUGGAUUUAUUUUUUCUAAAAAGUUUGGGCCCUCUCCCACACUUCCACCUAGAAUGCUGUGGAAGCUGGGCCAGGGCCCAGAGUCCUAUUUACAUGCACGAACUCCUUCCUAGCAUUUCUCUGAAUUCAGAAACCUCAGAAAAAUCAGGUGAGCAGUGAGAAGCAUUAUAAUUAUCCAUGAAUACUAGUGCUGGCAACUACAGAGAUGUUACUGGUUUGAAGAUGAGCACAAAGCACUAUGCAGAGUUAGGUUCAGAAGAACUAAGAUAGGAGCUGGGGUGUGGGGGGCGGGUGGAGAGAGAGAGAGAGAAAGAGCCCACCAACUUGGUCUCAUGAGGGACGACUGCCCCGUCAAGGCGUGGGAGCAUGCGUGUUAGCCCUGCCUGCUGCCAACCAUGAGUUAUUCUUGGAGAUAAGUUUUUACACAUAGUCUUUAUACAAACCCUAUGAGUAGUAUUCAAAGAAAUUUUUGGAGCAAAAUAAAUACUGACUUGAC